GCAACGUACCACAGCCGAAUGACUAGGAAGACCAUGGCAGGACGCGGGAAAAGAAAACAGAGAGGUACACAACAGUUCCAGGCAGACUCAGCUGGUGAGGUGGCUAAGAAGCCCUGUGUGGAACCUGCUGCAGUGCUAGUGGAGGUGACAGCGGAUUUGCGGCAGGAGGUGGAGACUCUAUACAAGCUUCACAUGCCUGAGGACUUUUACCACUUUUGGGCAUUCUGCAGGCGUCUCUCUCCAGAGUCUCCGCAAGAUGUGUUAGGGGACCCUCUUGGUCUACAGUUGGUUGGUCCAUUUGAUAUCCUUUUGCAAAAACAUAAGCACAGUCAGAAUCCGCAGCCAAACUACCACCUGCACUGGCGCCACUUCUACGACCCCCCGGAGUUCCAGACCAUUCUGCAGGGCAGCGUGGACAGUCAGCACCACAUGGGCUACUACAGGGAUUCACCUGAUUCUCUCCCUGUCUUUAUUGGAGAAAACGAAGCCAAAAAAGGUUGUACCAUUACCCAGAUGGGGGACAACAUUUUCGCUGCUGUCCUGCUCUUUCUGGGGAGGAAGAGGAAGGAGCAGGGAGGGCGCAAAGAUGCACUGCGGAGUUUAGAGGAGGAGCUGAGGAAGGAGGCCGAGAGGCUGGGGCUGUCUGUGGAGCAAAAGACCAAAGCGAUGAAACAGAGAGAAAAGAGGGUGGUUGCGAAGACAUUCCAUGGUGCAGGCAUUGUGGUGCCUGUUGACAAGAAUGAUGUUGGAUACAGGGAGUUACCAGAGACUGAUGCUGGUCUGAAGAGGAUAUGUAAAGGAAUAGCGGAUGCCAGGAAUGAUGAGGAGAGAAUGAAGGCAUUUGGUCCCAUUCAGGAGAUGAUGACGUUUGUCCAGUUUGCCAAUGAUGAGUGUGACUAUGGCAUGGGCUAUGAGCUGGGAAUUGACCUCUUCUGUUACGGCUCCCAUUAUUUCUACAAGGUGAUCCGGCAGUUGCUGCCCAUGGCCUACAGUUUGCUGCAGAGAGGAGUGUUUGGAGAGAUCCUGGAGGCUCACCUGUCCUGUCGUUCCCACGACAACUUGGACCAGCUCAAUCCUGUGUAAAGCAACAGAGCGCAUGCGUCUCUCUCACCACUGCUGCUGUCUAUGGGAGCGUUUGUUUUGUUGUGACAUGAUCAUAGUUCUCAAAAUUCCUUCAAAUGAUUGCAUUUUUGUUUAUCUUUUUUUUUCUAAGUAGAUGUCUAG